CGUUUUGAGAGAAUUGUGUUAUUGUUUGCCAUUUGUAUUGAAGUGAAGAUUAAAUUUGGUUUAAAGAGCGGAUCAAAGAGUGGGAAAUGACAGCCAAUGCCAACACAUCGACAACUGAUCGGUCGUUGCGUUCAGUGUUUGUUGGUAACAUUCCUUACGACGCGACGGAAGAGAAGUUGAAGGAUAUCUUCUCAGAAGUGGGACCCGUUUUGAGCUUCAAAUUGGUUUACGACAGAGAGUCGGGGAAACCAAAGGGCUAUGGGUUUUGCGAAUACAAAGAUCAAGAGACGGCUCUCUCGGCGAUGAGGAAUCUCAACCAAUACGAACUCAACGGACGUAACCUUCGAGUGGAUAACGCGACGAAUGAACGCCUCAAAGAAGAGAUGCGAAAUCUGCAGAUCUCGUUGAGUGGGACGGCGUAUGAGAGCCCUUACGGGCCGGAAGUGGAUCCCGAGAAGGCGCCCGAAGCCAUCAGCAAAGCGGUGGCCAGUCUUCCACCGGAACAGAUGUAUGAGUUGGCCAAACAGAUGAAGCAAUGCAUUCAAACGAAUCCAUCUGAAGCGAGAAAUAUGUUGAUACAGAACCCGCAGUUGGCCUACGCGUUGCUGCAGGCGUUGGUUGUGAUGCGUGUAGUGGACGCACAGGUGGCCGUCUCUAUACUCCACAGACCCAACACUAAUCAACCGCAACCACUUGUGCCGCACGCGGCGCCCAUUCAGCAGAUCAUUCCUCCACAGCAACCCAUCUUUGAGCCGAGAGACCAAUACCCGCCUCAACAACGACCGGGUCCUCUGCCACCCCUUAUGCCUCAACAACAACAACAACCCUUCGAUAACCGAAUGCAUGAUCCGCGACACGACCCCCGUCUCAGAGACGGGCCAUCGUUUGAUCGUUUCGCCGGCCAAUCGGCACAAAUGGCUCCCGCGGUUCCGCCGCAGAAUUUAGACCCCAGAACUCGACCAAUAGAUCCCAGAAUUCAGUCCCAAAUGCCGCAACAAAACGUUCGCGGAGUGGCCGGCAAUCCACCAAUUGGUAUGAAUCGGGGCGCCGGAGGGCAACCCUUUGCCGGCCCUAACAUCCAAUUGUUGACUCAAUCGAGUGGUCCGAUGAGUGUGAAUCAGGAACAGGAAAAGGCACAGCUUAUUAUGCAAGUGUUGGCCCUCUCUGAUCAUCAAAUAGCAAUGUUGCCAUCGGAACAAAGGGAUAGCAUUCUUAUGCUUAAGCAACAGAUCCAAAGGGGAAGCGCUAAUUGAUCACUUCUUGUAAUCACAAUCUCAUCACAAUUGACGUUU